AUGGCGGGAACCGUGCUCGAAAAUGACGCCACCUUUGCCAAGAACCUCACUAAGAACGUCCCCUCCAACCCGUCAGACGACACCGACACAAAUAUAAAGAAAAAGAAGAAAAAGAGCGGCGCUUUUGGAAUCUUCCGAGCCGCCCUCCUCAUGAUGCGGAAGCAGAGUGGGCCCCGCAAACCGGCCUUGAAAAACACAGAUUUCGUCAUGAAGGAUAAGGAUAAUGUUACCCUGCCAACGAACAACAUUAACAGCACCAACAACAGUUGGACACAGUUCGUGGGGUCUGUGAGGCCCCUUCAUCUCCAAGAGACAACACAAGUGCCUCCUCUGAAAGAGGAAAAGAAUGACGAGGCGGUUGAGGUGGAAUCCGUGGCAGGGUCGUCGUCCAGCAGGGCGAUGAGUCAGUACGCGUCUGCAUCGAGCCUGGUUGACCUUGACGAGAGCAGUGAUGACGAGGACGAGGAUCCAGAUGAGGUGUUCGAUGCGCUCACGGGGGAUGAGAUGAUAGAUGCCAAGGCCGAGGAGUUCAUAGCUCAAUUCUAUAAACAAAUUCAACUCCAAAAGACAACAGCCAGAGCCCACCACUACCACCACCACUACCAUCACCAUCGCCACCACAGCAUGGGAAUUUAA